AUGGGAGAAAAACACGGCAAUACUAACGCAACACCGCCGCCGGUCGUUGUCAAAGUCGAUUUUGUUUUAGUCGAACGUUUCCCGAAAAUAGAAACUGUUGCAGUAACUAUAGUGUGUCGGAUGUCUGGUAUUUGUCUUUUUCCCGCUGCAUUCAGUCACUUACACAGAGGUUUAAGCCAAAUGAGCACAGGUUUUUCAAUUGAAUUACAGGAGGAUGGAAAUUAUAAGAGUUAG